AGUACGCACCACCAUUGUGAAUUGAUGUAGACUAAAUAUCUAAUACUGCUGCUAUUAGACCCCGUAUAAUAUCAUUGCUUUGAUCAAACUGAGAAACAUAUCGUUUAUAAUGGACAUAAGCAGUCUGAUUCUUCUAUAAACCCAACCAUGGCUGAAGCAUUAAAGACUGUCAUCUCCCAGAGUACAGAGUGUCCAGUGUGCCUUUCUACAUUCACCGAUCCCAAGAUCCUGUCUUGUUCUCACACUUUCUGCAAGACUUGCCUGGACAACCUCUUAGAGUUUCACGGUAACUGUCAGAUCCGAUGCCCUGUCUGCAGAGCUGUGACCCAGGUCCCAAACGAAGAUGUUGGCAAACUACAGGUAAAUCUUGCUUUGAAGAGUCUGAUAGAGGAUAUGGAGGGCCAUCCUCAGAUUUGCACAAAUUGUAAAUCAAAUGACAAGCCCCAUGCUGAUGUCUACUGCCAAGACUGUGGCAAGUAUCUCUGCACCUCUUGUCUUAAUAAGCACUCUCAGUGGGAAGACUUUAUCGAUCAUGAAGUCAUUGCCAUGAGUGAGAUCUCAUCAGGGAAGGUGUCUGUACGUAGAUACCGGAAAUGCAGGAAACACCCGAAAGAAGAUGAGGAUUACUUCUGUUCCACCUGCAGGAGAUUCACAUGCUUCAGAUGCGGUAUGAUGGAACAUAAAGACGAGGGACACCAGGUCGUCGAGGGAGCUGCUUACGAGGGCAAACACAUGAAGAACAUUGAAGACUUGAAAUCAAAGGUUGACAAGCAACAGUCAUGCUUUCAGAAGUACAUUGAUUUCAUUGAUGAGCAGAGGAAGAGUGUUGACAAUGCCAAGAAACAGUGUACAAGUGACAUCAACAAAGCGUAUGAUGAUGCGGUCGGGCAGUUGACAGAGAAGAGAGAAAGCCUGCUAAUAGAAGUCAAGGAAACGACCGAAGGAGUAGAGAAAGAACUGGAAAGCAUGAAGACCACGGCUCAGAAGCACAUCAAUCAGUUAACGACCAUGGCUGAAAUGGUGAUUAACAAAACAAAGGUUCCAUUAGAUAUGGAUACUUUGGCUGCACACGACACUCUGUGUGAAGAGUUACGAGAGGUCUUUGAUCAAAAGAAUCCUGACUACGAGCAGCCGAAGAAAUCGGGCAUAAAGGGGAAAAGUGUAAAGUUCAAGAGAAAUGUUGGAGUGGAUGAGCUAGGCCUUGGAAAGAUUGUUAAUGUAGUUGAAAGAAACGUCGCCUUACCCACUAAUAAAACCUUUGAUGAAAAGGACGUUUCUUUGUACACUAAUAAGAUUGUUAAAGUAAAGAAAGUUGCUUUGCCAGCUAUGAGUUGCAUGGUUAGUACACCAGACGGUAGAAUGGCAGUAGGAUGUUGGACAGGUGGCAUCUUUAUCUCCUCUCAUGAUGGUCAGCUUCAGCAGACAGUUCUGAAGAAUGUUAAGAUUGAUGGGGUAGGGUUCCUCUCUGAUGGUCGAUGUGUUGUGAUGGAUACUUCAAACAACAUCACGCUGUACACACCAGAGUACACACAAUUGAAUGUAAUGUUUAAGACUCUGAGUCGAUUUGAAGGUGGGGCUUCUGAUCUCACUGUUGAUGGUGAUGAUCAGAUCUAUGUGAGCUACUGGAAAGCCAAUAAGAUCCGGGUAUUUCCAACAGCAGGUGGGCAAGCAGUCAGGGAGAUACCAUGCAACGGGUAUGAACCUCGGCAAAUCACUAGUUACCAUGGUUCUCUGAUCACUAAAUCACAUGAUACUAUCAGAUUGAUAGACAAACAGGGUGCUGUGCAACAUGAAUUAAAGAAACCGGAUAGUGACCUUUACGCUGCUGUAUCUCAAUGGAAUACAAUCCUGGUAGCCAAGGUGGAGGAGGGUGAAGGUUUGGUGAGCAUUGACGAGUAUACAAAUGAACUAAGGCACAUUCGAAACCUUGUUACUGAUUACAAGAUUAAGAACCAUUUUAUAUAUUGGUAUUACCUUCAGCAGUACCGAUCAGGAGAGAUCGCUUUUUGCACUUCGGAUAGUCUCUAUAUAUUCCGCUGA